AUGUCUACCAACCAUCUUGACAGCGAGUUCGCUGCCAAAUUAGAAGAACAAAUCCAAAUCAUUAAUGAGCGAAAACGAUUAGAGGAUGAGAGAAUGGCAAACGCAGUCAACGCUGCUACGUUCUCUAGAGCACCGGGACAAAUACAAAUGUACCCAUCUCAUCGGUUCAAUGAGUUCUAUGCUUGGCUACCGCGGGAAAUUCCAACUUUCUUCCGUCGCGCCGAGGUCAUUGAGUACCAGGCAGCUCUCCAUAUGUUCCAAAACUAUGCUCCACGGCAACAAGUGUAUUACGCUCUACCCUCCUAUUCGAUCACUGAUGAGAACAUCUGGAAGUGUUUCGCAGCUGUUAAACGGAAUGCACCACCAGUUGCUGCCACCCAAGGAGGCAGUCCACCAAAGCCCACACCACCAGUCGACCAUCAAUUCGAUCACAUCCUGAAGGGCAUCCUCGAUCUUCUAGAGGACGAUGAGUGA